AUGGAUGACCAGCUUCAUGCCGGGGAUAACGCGUCCCCUUCGAUCGGCAGCAUCGAACAGGAACCAAAGCGCACAACCACCAGGGCGGCAUCGUUAGAUGGGCAGCUGGCCAUCGAGCAAGAGGAGGAAAUCUCGGAAACGAUCGAGCAAUGGCGGGUGCUUUCGGCGACACUCGCGGUGUGCCUUGUUAUUUUCUGCUUGUCCUUGGACACCACCAUCCUCAACACGGCCAUUCCCCGUAUCACCGAGCAGUUCCACUCGCUCGAACACGUCGGUUGGUACGGCAGCUCCUACCUCCUCACCACCUGCGCCACCAGCCUGAUGUACGGCAAGCUCUACACCUUCUUCCCGGAUAAGCUGGUCUUCCUUGCUGGCCUUCUGAUCUUCGAAAUCGGAUCGCUGGUGGCGGGUGCUACGCCCACGUCCAUCGGUCUGAUUAUGGGCCGUGUCGUUGCUGGCCUGGGAGCUGGCGGCCUCCUUUCGGGGUCCAUCAUCCUCCUCUCGCGCCUCGUGGCUGUCCGCAAGCUGCCUUUGUAUAUCGGCACGAUCUUUGGUGUUUUUGCCAUCUCGAGCGUCGCGGGGCCCUUGCUCGGGGGCGUCCUCACCGACCAGCUCACCUGGCGAUGGUGCUUUUACAUCAAUCUCCCCCUCGGCUUCGUCUCGGGCACGGCCAUCCUUCUCGCCGUGCCGCGCAAUAAACCGGUGACGGUCCUCUCAGCCCGCGAUCGGAUCAUAGCCCUGGACCUGCCGGGAACCGCGCUGUUCCUGCCAGCCAUCAUUUUCAUCGUGCUGGCGCUACAAUGGGGCGGGACCGAGGUUCCCUGGAGCAAUGUGCGCAUCAUUGUCCUCCUCGUCCUCGCCGGUGUCCUCCUCAUUGGAUUUACCGCUAUCCAAUGGUGGAGAGGAGAUAAUGCGACGCUGCCUGGCCGUCUGAUGCGGAAUCGAAAUGUCUGGGGAUCGGCUUUGUAUACGUUUUUCGUAACGCCUGCCCUGAUGGUCACCACCUACUACCUCCCAACCUGGUUCCAAGCAAUCCAAGACACCUCCGCCACCAAAUCAGGAGUCCUCACCCUUCCCUCUAUUCUCGCCGUCGCGAUCUCCUCCGCCCUCGUCGGCCUCCUCGUCACCCUCGUCGGCUACUAUACCCCCUUCAUGGUUAUCGCUGCCAUCCUACAGGCAAUCGGGCAAGGCCUCCUCUCCACCCUCUCCCCCGCAACCUCCCUGCCCAAGAUCAUCGCCUUCCAGGUCAUCUUCGGCCUUGGCGCCGGUCUCGGCCUGCAACAGGGGUGGACGGUCAUCCAGACCACCGUGCCGAGGGAGGACGUGCCGCAGGCGACGGCGGUGGUGACGUUUGUGCAGACGCUGAGCGGGGCGUUGUUUAUCCCCGUGGGUCAGAAUCUUUUCAUGACUCGACUUACGGCGGGGCUGCACGGUAUACGCGAUCUGAGCCCGGCGGGUGUUGACGAGAUCAGUCAGGUGGGCGCGAUGGCGCUUCGAGACGUGGUGGAAGGGGAUUUGCUACCGCCUGUGCUUGCGGCUUAUAGUCGGGCGCUUACCUGUACGUUUUAUAUCGGAAUCGUUACGGGGGCAUUGACGCUGGUGGGGGCACUUUGCGUUGAGAUGAGGUCGGUUAAGGGGAGGGCGUCGCCGGCUGUUCCGGUUGGCUAG